UCGCGCCGUGACGGGGCCGGGUCGAGGCCGAGGUCGAGGCCACCAUGGUCGUGCGCCUCGUCCUCCCAGCCACGCUUUGCCGGCGCGGCGUGUGUCGUCUCAGCACGCGGCUUUUCGGGAGCGGCAACACGCGCAACGUCGGCAUCAUCGCCCACAUCGACGCCGGAAAGACGACCACUACCGAGCGGAUGCUCCUGCUGGCCGGCGCGGUGCACGCUGCGGGCGAGGUGGACUCUGGCGACACGGUCACCGACUUCUUGGAGCAGGAGCGCGAGCGCGGCAUCACCAUCCAGUCCGCCGCCACCUCGUUCGGCUGGCGCGGCGCCGCCGUCUCGCUGAUCGACACGCCGGGCCACAUCGACUUCACGGUCGAGGUGGAGCGGGCGGUGCGGGUGCUGGACGGUGCCGUCCUCAUCGUGGACGCGGUCGCCGGCGCGCAGGCGCAGACGGAGACGGUCUGGAGACAGGCUCGCCGGCAUGGGGUGCCGGCUGUCGCGUUUGUCAACAAGAUGGACCGAGAGGGCGCCGACUGGGAGUCCGCCGCCUCCUCGCUCGCCACACGGCUGCAGCUGCGUCCGCUGCGGCUGCAGCUGCCGCUGUACGAGCCCGCCGGCACGGCGGACGGCGCGCAGCACUUCGUCGGGGCCGUCGACCUCGUCUCGGGCGUCGCGAUGCGCUGGCGGCCUCGGGGAGCGCAGCUCGGGACGGGGUCGCGCUCAGAGGUCUGUGAUCUGGAGCUGACUGCUGCCGCGGCUGCGGCGUGUGAGGCUGCCUCCUCCGCCGGGCUCGCGCUGCUGCAGGCUGAGGGCGAGGCUGCCGUAUGCGAAGCGGCGGAGGAGGCGAGGGCGGCGCUGGUGGAGGAGGUUGCGGAGCUCGACCCAGACGGCGAGGUGGCGGACUUGUUCUUGGCCGAGGAGGCUGUCCCCGCCGCCACGCUCGCCGCCGCCAUCCGCCAGCUUGCCCUCUGCUCCGCCGCGGUGCCCACCCUCUGCGGUGCCUCCCUGCGCGGCGUUGGAGUCGAGCCGCUUCUCGACGCAGUCGCAGCCUACUUGCCGUCGGCCGAGGAGCGGCCCGCCCCUCUCCUCUCCCCCGCGGGCGGCGGCGGCGGGGAGGGAGGCGGCGGGGAGGGAGGCGGCGGGGAGGGAGGCGGCGGCGGGAGCGGCGCUGCAUCGGGCGUGCCGCUGGCGGCGGCGGCGGAGGGAGUGGCGCUCGCGUUCAAGGUGACGCACGAGGCGCACUCGCGCAAGCCGCUGGUCUGGCUCCGCGUCUACCACGGCGAGAUCUCGCCGCACUCGCCCCUCGUCCUCGUGCCGGGCGAAAGGGGCCGCGAAGAGGCCGCUUCCCCGCCAGCCGGAGCGAGGCGGGGCGGGGGGCGGGGCGGCGGCCUCGCCGCCGGGGGCGGGGGCGGAGGCUUGGUCGAGACGCCCACCGCGCUGCUGACACUUCACGGCGGCGAGGCCGUCGAGAUCCAGGCCGCGCCGGCCGGCACUAUCUGCGCGGCGCGAGGACUCAAGGGCGUAGCGACGGGCGACACGCUGCUGCUGCGGCCGAAGGAGGGUCUCGGCGCCCUGCGGCUGCCUGGGGUGGCGGUGCCUCCGCCCGUCUUCUUCUGUGCGGUCGAGGCCGAGGCGGCGUCGCAGCAGCCGGCGCUCGACGCGGCGCUCGCCGCGCUCCGGCUCGAGGACCCGUCGGUGGCGGUCAAGAAUGACGCGUCGACCGGCCAGCUGAUGGUGGGGGGGAUGGGGGAGCUGCACCUCGAGGUGCUGCUGCAGCGCCUCGCCUCAGAGUGGCAGCUCCGUGUCCAUGCGGGCGAGAUGCGGGUCGCCUACCGCGAGUCGAUUUGCAGCGCCGUGCGGCGCACGUCGACGCACGCCUCGCAGCUCAAGGAGGGGGGCGAGGUCCGCAUCGAGAUCGAGGUGCGCCCUCUCGACCUCGCGGACGGCGCCGGCGCCGCGCCGCAGGAGGGGCCGCAGGAGGCGGCGGCGGUGCAGCACGCCGCUAGCGAGGCGGUGCGCUCCGCUCUGACGCGGCGCGAGCUCGGGCAUCUACUCGACGGGAUGCGAGGCGCCGCUGCGUACGGCGACCUCCUCGGCUUCCCGCUUCACGCGGCGCGCGCCGAGGUCUCGAGCGUCACUGCGCCGCGGGGCACUUCGCCAGAGGCGAUCGGCGGCGCGGCUGCCGAGGCGCUGUCUCAGGCGGUCGCUGCGGCGUCGCCGGUGCUUCUCGAGCCGGUCAUGCGCGUCGAGGUGCAGACCGCCGAGCAGCACCUCGGCGCAGUGCUCAGCGAGCUGACUGGCGCCCCCUCUCUCCUAGAUGCGGAAGCCGGGCCCGCGUGUUCCGGCCGGCGCUCGAGAAAGCACAUGCACAUGCACAUGUACAUGUUGUUCGGCGGCACCCAACGGCGCCCGCCGCGGCUCCGUCGAGAAGCUGCUCACGCCCUCCGACGCACUGCGGCAGACGGUGCUCGCGCGCGCGCCGCUCGCCGCGAUGGUGGGGUAUGCGAGUGCGCUGCGCUCGCUCACAGCCGGCGAGGCCUCGCUCUCGAUGGAGUUCUCGCACUACGCUCGCGUCGAGCCCGCGGUGCAGCAGCAGCUGCUGCUGCAGAUGCGCGGCUAUGUCUAGAUCUAGCAGCCGACUACAGCGCGUGUCGUCUAUUGAUAGCCGUAAGUGGCCUGUCUUGGACCCCCGC